GGUAUAAUUCAUUAGUCGGACAAAUAGUAAACCCGUCCACACCAUCUGGGCCACUACUGGGAAAGCAAAACACACAACACCAUUAUACAGCACGCUAUACGCAGCAAUGGCUCUGCGCAACGCAGGCAGCCAUCCUGUAAAUAUUUCCGAGCAGAAAAACAUAACAGCGGAGCGACCAGUCAAUUGUUUUCCCUGCUUAUCUCUCUGGGACAGUAUCCUGCUUUUUUGAAGGCAGGGCUUUCGGUGACACACAGCUUCCUCCUCAACCUUCUCAACAGCGGUGACUUCACUUCCCAAAUUUAGAGGAGAGAAAAAACUCAAUCCGGUAAAACUGUCUCUGUCUCUCCGCCACAUACCGGGGCUGGAAUUAAUUCAGGAGCGUGUCAUGUUUGGGAUAUUGUCUGGGUCCGCUGAAAUUUGCGCAAAAUGGACGGAACUAUUAAGGAGGCGCUAUCAGUGGUGAGUGAAGAUCAGUCCUUAUUUGAGCCUCCAUACGCUGCUGCUGCCCCUCUCCCCAAGACCGACAUGACUGCAUCUGGCACACAGGACUACGGCCAGACCCACAAGAUCAACCCCUUACCCCCACAGCAGGAGUGGAUCAACCAGCCGGUGCGGGUCAACGUCAAGCGAGAAUAUGAGCACCUGAAUGGAUCCAGGGAGUCUCCAGUGGACUGCAGCGUGGGUAAAUGCAAUAAGCUGGUGGGGGGUAAUGACACUUCGCAGAUGAACUAUGGAAACUACAUGGAUGAGAAGAACGCCCCUCCCCCCAACAUGACCACCAAUGAGCGCAGAGUCAUUGUACCUGCAGACCCGUCGUUGUGGUCCCAGGAUCAUGUGCGCCAGUGGCUAGAGUGGGCCAUUAAGGAGUAUGGCCUGUUGGAGAUGGACACGGCCAUGUUUCAGAACACAGAUGGCAAAGACCUCUGCAAGAUGAGCAAGGACGACUUCCUCCGGCUCACCACCAUGUACAACGCCGAAGUGCUUCUCUCUCAUCUCAAUUACCUCAGGGAAAGUAGCUCAUCAUUAUCCUACAAUGCACCAUCUCACACAGAUCCAUCCCCACGCUUGGCUGCCAAAGAGGACCCUUCAUAUGAUGCUGUACGGCGGACAGGAUGGUCAAACAACAUGCACAGCGGCAAAGGCUCACCAGUGGUUACUCAGAAUGUGACCAAGUCCACUGAGCAGCCCAGACCUCAGCCAGAUCCUUACCAGAUUCUGGGUCCCACCAGCAGUCGCCUUGCAAAUCCAGGUUCAGGUCAAAUCCAACUGUGGCAAUUCCUCCUGGAGCUCCUGUCCGACAGUGCUAACGCUGGCUGCAUCACCUGGGAGGGCACCAACGGCGAGUUCAAGAUGACGGACCCUGAUGAGGUGGCACGACGCUGGGGCGAGCGCAAGAGCAAGCCCAAUAUGAACUACGACAAGCUGAGCCGUGCUCUACGCUACUACUACGACAAAAAUAUCAUGACCAAGGUGCACGGCAAGCGCUAUGCGUACAAGUUCGACUUCCAUGGUAUUGCUCAAGCGCUGCAGCCACAUCCAACUGAGUCCUCAAUGUACAAGUAUCCCUCGGACCUGGCCUAUGUGCCUUCCUACCAUGCCCACCAGCAGAAGGUCAACUUCGUAUCCCCACACCCUCCAUCCAUGCCCGUCACUUCCUCCAACUUCUUUGGACCAACUGCACCGUACUGGAGCUCACCUACUGCAGGCAUCUACCCCAACCCAAAUGUCCCCCGCCACCCUAACACCCAUGUGCCUUCCCACCUGGGCAGUUACUAUUAAAGGACCCCUUUCUGUCCAUCCACCAUCCUCUAAAAACCUCCCCUCUCCCCACAACAGAGUCCACAAUUGCUGACCUGCACUCCCAGUGAUGCCAAACAGAUGAAGACUGAAUUGAUAGAGGCAUUUGACCUCUGAAGGAAAUAAAGGAUGAUUCAAUUGAAGUUUUAUAUAUAUAUAUGUAAGAAUUUAUAAACAACUGGAUGCUAUGCUCCAAAAUGGAAUACUACUUAACUUUACAAGACUAGCAACUGUUUUAGUCUGUUUUAGUUUCCUGUGCCUUCCUGUUUCCCAUCCUUCUGAAAGCUGCACUGACAGCUGUCCUUCCCAAAAAACCUUGCCAAACCAAAGCCAGAAGACAGGAGAAACAACCUGAGUCCGUCUGCCCCCGCUCCACACUAUAGUACCAGACAUGGGCCUAUUAUUUAUGGGUCUCAAUCUACAACCUCCUCAGUACAUUAUGCACAUUACGCUUCAAAGCAUCUUCCAAUUCCGCUCGUCUACAGCUGUGUUGGGGUUUCUUAUUCCCACCGCAACUACCCUUUUGUUUCCACUGGCUCUAUCUGCUCAUUUGUCCAUCUGCAUCGUUUUAUGUGUGGAGAGUCUCCUGGAAUUUGCUGGAUAAGGAGGAGCUCUCAAAGAGAUGGACUUUUCUCAGCACUGAAUGAAAUUUGGCAACUGGAAUAUGCCAUUCACAAUUUAAUUUAUCCUCCAAACUGGAAGGCUAGAGAAGAGUUAAAUGUCGCAGAGGGAAGCGCUGUAUGUUUUGCUGACCUGGGUCAACUCAGUUACUUAAAAUGCUUUUUUGCGUGUUGUGUGGCGAUCUGUACAGUUGACUCGUUUGUGCAGGGGAAGCCGAGUCAAGAUGUAAUUGAAGUAAUUUGCAACAAUAAUUCAACCCAGGUCAGAUGUUUUCAGGGGCCCACACACUAGGCUACUAAAUGUUUGCCAUGUUGUUGCCUUUCAGCCAUGCCAUUUCCAGAUGUUUUGUUGCUCGACCAUGUCAGUAUUAAUGUGAAUGUUUGUGAAACACGUAAAAAGGGAUAACCCGCAGCAAAAUCAAAAUUUGUCAGAUGUUUUCUUUUGUAAAAAGAGGAAUGGAGAAAUGUAUUCCUUUUUCGAUGAUAGACCACGAUUCCUGCACCUGAUUAAUCUAAAAGAUGAGAGAUGAUUAUGACAAUAUACCAAAGCUCAAGACCAUAUGUUUAUAAGUGGCUUUUUUUUAUUAAUUAUUUGCUUGUUUUUUUUUUAUCCAAAGUACCUUACGGUGCAAUGAGUGCAUUUACCUUUACUCUGAGGUGGUUUCCUAUGUGCCUUAAUGAGACCCAAAGCCCUCACAGUCAAAGAGUGAGUGCCAUGCCUUAACUGCUGUUUUAUGCCAUAUAUUUUCUAUUCAUUAAUGAUGGAACAGCAUUACGCAUUUAAAUGUAUUGUGACAUUUAUAAAUCAUUUCCAUGUCUGACCAAAAAUCUGACAAUUUUUGAUUUUGAAGUGCACUCUGACUAUAACGGCUGCCGCGGUGUCUCCUUCCUCUUUCCUAUGUAGGCCAAUCAGGACCGUGUAGGUGAGCACAGAGUAGUGGCUUUGCAGCAAGUCAUGUUACAAAGACAAUCAAGUCGUAUUCUUUUACCAGGGCUGGAUCCUAGUUCGAGAGCAGCAUGUGUGUUUGAAUGUUAGUUUCUCACUGAUCUAGAGCCCAGCAAAAUGCACAUGAAUCUCAAGUCUGGAUUUCAUCAUCAUCAUCCUGUGACAGUAUCACGUCGAAACAUAUCCGUCUUUAGUUGUUCAAAGCUGUUCAUAGCAAAAGUAUUCCUUCAGAGUAACUGAGAGUGGACACUUGAAAAUAAAUUACUGGGACUGAGUAGUUUAUCAAAGAACAAAAUCAAUAAAGUAUGACGAGAUGAAACAAAGAAAUCCUCAGAUUCGCAAACGCUGUGCGUUUGUCAGACCUAUUUUGUAUUAUUUUAUAAGCAUCAGUCAACUAGGCAUUAAAGCAACUUACUGUAUAAAUUAUGCAGAGUUAUUUUCAUAUGUGACACAGUAUUAAAAAAAGUCAAGAGAAUUAAUACGAGUUGACCUCGGUCAAAAAUGCAAAACCUUUUAAGUCCAUUUCUGCUAAGUAGUUUGUUAAGCAUGUAAGCGUUUUUUAUAUCUGUACAUUUGGGCAAUACAUUUUAAAUUUUUUUGUUUUCUUGUAAUUGAUAUUGUUUCUGAAAUUUGGUUGUAACAUCCUUAAUGCCUUUAAGUGCACAAGAUAUUUUCUUGUAUUCCCAGAACCAUAAAUGCCUGCUUGAAUCCUAAUCCAAUAUCCCGGGAUUUCUUUACUCUAUAUGCAACAUGUAAUUAUUAAGAUGGUUUCUUUCCAUUUCAAAUCACUUAUUUCCUGCCAGGUAGCCCUUUCCUGUACAUUUAAGAAUUUCAGGUAUUUUAUGCAAAAUAAUACCUUCAGUAUAAAUACCCACCACCAGCUUCUCCUGAAGACUUAUAGCUUUAAAAGAGGAAAUAAAAAGGGAACAUGUAAUUUGUAGCAUAAAGAAGUUAUUGUAAUGUGCCCUUAAUUUCCAUGUUUCACGAGCAUUAUCAACAAAAAGGGAUCUGUGCUACUUCGUAUAUGCAAUGUAUUUUGGAUAUCAAAUAUAAAUAUAUAUAUGUGUGUUGGUGCGUAUGUUUCUGUGCGCUUGUGCGAGUGUGUCUGUGUGUGUGUUGUGUAAUUUUACAAUUAACCAAUGUAUUAUUAUUAUUGUCAUUCCUGAAAUGUAUGAAUACCUUUUGGAAAAGGUCUUUUGUAUAGGAAAAUGUGACAAAAUAAAAUUUUACCUCUC